AUGGAUUUAUCCCCCCCAUACGAUGGAGUUUAUGAGGGGGACAAGCUAUGGGACCGGGGUUCAUUUGAUUGCAAGAACUUGUUGAUUGGCUUGCUAGAGUCACUUGAAGAACUAUACAAAUCGGGAUUCAAACCGAAACGAACUAUUAUUCUUGGAUUUGGAUUUGGAUUUGAUGAAAAAGUGGGUAGAGAACGUGGAGCUCAACGUAUUGGCCAAUUUCUAACUCAACGAUAUGGCAAUGAUUCAUUUUAUGCUGUUAUUGAUGAAGGUGGUCAAAGUAUUGCCCAUGAAGAAGGAGUGGUUUGGGAAUUACCCGGUACAAGUGAAAAGGGAUCAACCGACGUGGUUGUGGGGAUAAACACUCCUGGUGGCCAUUCAUCAGUUCCCCCAUUGUCUCAACACACAUCAAUUGGAUUAAUGGCUAUCCUUAUUGAAAGUUUGGAAAAGGAUCACUUCCAGCCAAUUUUCUCACCUGGUAACCCAACAUUUCACGAAUAUCAAUGUAUCGCCAAAUACUCACCCACACUAUCACACAGGAUCAAGAAAAGUUUACUCAAUGCCGAUAAGUCGCUAUAG